CAUAUGUGUGCGUGAGGCUGCGUCCACACGCUGUUACUCGUUGAAAUAUAUGUCAGUGCGCUAACGGCCGUCUGUGGUUUUACUCGCUCCUUUCCGUAUCUAUCAGUGGCGACUCGCGUGCGUAAUCUACCCGUUCCGCAAAAAAAAAAAUCAUGGCAAGUGCUAAUCUCGGGAUUUUAACUAUUUUUGAUCACGAUGGCCAAAGUUGGAAGAGUUACAAAGGCAGGAUUCUACAAUUUUUUUUGGCUAAUGAUGUGGACGGGACGACAGAUGCUACGGGGAAGAAGAGGAAAGCCAUUCUUUUAAGCGCACUCAGCGAAGGCACGUAUAAAUUAGUUGAGGAUUUAGCGUUGCCAAAGCAAUUGGAAAGCGUGCCAUUCGAGGACAUUUUGACGCUUUUGGACGGACAUUUUACACCGACACGGGUGGGCUUCGGGGAGCGUCAUAAGUUCUACUCCGCGUCACAGCAGGUAGGCGAGUCUCACACGCAAUGGGCGGCGAGGCUCCGUGGUCUGACUGCACACUGUGAAUUUGCUAAUGUAGAAGAGGCACUGCGUGACCGGUUCCUGAUAGGCAUGUUGCCAGGCCGGGAGAAGGAGAAACUUUAUGCUCGGGAGUUGAAGGAUUUGACGCUGGCUAAAGCUGUCGAGUUGGCAGAAACUAUUCGGUGCGCCAGCGCGGGAGCUACGGCGUCGGGUUCCGAACCCGGCACUGAUCAGCUGUUGAAGAUAUCAAAGAUUCCGAAGAAAACAGGUGUCGGCGCGAAGGUUCCGUGUACGGUUUGCGGUUACACAAAUCAUAAGACUGCAGUGUCGAUUUACAAAUUUCGUGUGCAAAAAGUGUCAUGUAAAGGGACAUUUGCGUAGAAUGUGUAAAGUGAAAUACG